GUUAAACCAUUCAAACACAAUAACUUAUAUCUUUGGAUUAAAUACAAUUCCCACACAUUGUACUCCAUCUAACUAUGGAAGGAAAUCAUUUGCAGCGUCAUCUAGCCUUAAUGAGGAAAUCCUUAUUUGAUCAGGGAUAUCUUGAUGAACAGUUUGUUCAACUGGAAGAAUUGCAGGAUGAAGCUAAUCCUAAUUUUGUUGAGGAAAUUGUCAACUUGUUUUACAGUGAUUCGGCUAGAAUGAUCCGAAAUAUUGAUGAUGCACUGACAUAUAACCCUCACGAUUUCAUCAAGCUGGAUGAUUACAUGCACCAGUUCAAGGGAAGCAGCUCAAGUAUAGGAGCUAAAAAGGUGAAGAGUGAUUGCAGUCUGUUUCGAGAAUACUGCAAAGCUGGAAAUGCUGAAGGAUGCAUAAGGACAUUCCAACAUGUGAAACAAGAGCAUGCCAUUCUGAAGAGAAAACUUGAUGCCUACUUUCAGCUGUCAAUGCAAGCUAGCCCAUCAAGGAAUUAUGCUUAAUAGGGGGAGAGGGAAGGGAAGUAUUAAAAGAAGCUUAUAAUUAUUAAUCAAAGAAAAUGUGGUGGUCCAAGUUAUAGAUAUAAUAAACAUGGUUUCAUGCCAAAUAAAAUCGACCACCACGGCAAAAGACAGGGAAGAUGAAACUAUUAUUAUUAUUAUUAUUAUUAUUAGUGUAUUAUGUGUUGUAAAUAUGUGCUUUUGUGUGUACCAUUUAUUUGGUUGAGAAAUAAAAUCUACUCCUUCUUUUGCC